UGAGAAUAGUUAAAACCUGGUUGGCGGAGGUUUAUAGUUAAAUAGGUUAUUCACAUUUCUUGAUUUUUAUUUUAAAGAAACGAAAGCACACCACCAGAGUGAACAUGAAAUAUAUGACCAACUGAACAUUGCCUUUCAACUCAGAUUAAUCCACGUCUGAAAAUAUGUUCCAACAAUUCAAAUUGACUUUUGUGUUGGUUCUCUUUAUGAGAUUAUGUUUGGAGUCACAUGCUGCGUCAGACGUUUGCAGCAUAUGUAGCUGUACAUAUUCUCAAGAAAAAAUAGAUUGUUCAUCUCGGGGACUGACUUCGGUCCCACAAUCUAUUCCGCCGAAUGUUACGCGUCUGGAUUUACGUGACAACGAUAUUCUGGAAAUCAAUGCAGAAACCUUUCAAAAUCUUUCGAGUUUAACAAUUCUGGAUUUAAGUAAAAACAAUAUCAAAGAAAUCGAAACCGGAACCUUCCAAAUUCUUUCAAAUUUAACAACUCUGGGUUUGAGCGGUAAUAAAAUUAAGAAAAUCAAAGCAGAAACCUUCCGAAAUCUUUCCAGUUUAAUAAUACUAACUUUGAAUAAUAAUGCUAUCAAUGAAUUAGAAGUUGGAUCUUUUCAAAAUCUUCCCAGUCUAAUAACUCUGAAAUUGUACGUUAAUGAAAUUAAGAAAAUCAAAGCAGGGACCUUCGAAAAUCUUUCCAGUUUGACAAAUCUAGAGUUGUAUAAUAAUGAAAUCAAUGAAUUAGAAGUUGGAUCUCUUCAAACUCUUCCCAGUUUAACGACUCUGAAAUUGGGUAAUAACGAAAUCAAGGAAAUCCAAGCAGGAACCUUCAAAAAUCUUUCCAGUUUAACAACUCUGGAAUUGUCCGUUAAUUAUAUUAUGAAAAUCAAAGCAAACACCUUCAGAAAUCUUUCCAGUUUAACAACUCUAGAUUUAUACUAUAAUGAUAUCAGUGAAUUAGAAGUUGGAUCUUUUCAAGAUCUUCCCAGUUUAAAGACUCUGAAGUUGUACAGUAAUGCAAUUAUGAAAAUCAAAGCAGGAACCUUCCGAAAUCUUUCCAGUUUAACAACUCUAAAUUUGUACAAUAAUGAUAUCACUGAAUUAGAAGUUGGAUCUCUUCAAAAUCUUCCCAGUUUAAUGGCUGUGAAAUUUGCCGGUAAUUUUAUUAUGAAAAUCCAAUCAGGAACCUUCCGAAAUCUUUCCAAUUUAACAACUCUAGAGUUCUAUGAUAACAAUAUCAAUGAAAUAGAAGUUGGAUCUUUUCAAAAUCUUCCCAGUUUAAAGACUCUGGAUUUCAACGAAAAUGCAAUUAAGAAUAUCAAAGCAGAAACCUUCCGAAAUCUUUCCAGUUUAACAACUCUGAAAUUGGGUAAUAACGAAAUCAAGGAAAUCCAAGCAGGAACCUUCAAAAAUCUUUCCAGUUUAACAACUCUGGAAUUGUCCUCUAAUAAUAUUAUGAAAAUCAAAGCAAACACCUUCGGAAAUCUUUCCAGUUUAACAACUCUAGAGUUGUACAAUAACGAUAUCAGUGAAUUAGAAGUUGGAUCUUUUCAAGAUCUUCCCAGUUUAAGGAAUCUGAAGUUGUACAGUAAUGCAAUUAUGAAAAUCAAAGCAGAAACCUUCCGAAAUCUUUCCAGUUUAACAACUCUAGAGUUGUAUGAAAAUAAUAUCAAUGAAUUAGAAGUUGGAUCUUUUCAAAUUCUUCCAAGUUUAACGACUCUGAAAUUGGGUAAUAACGAAAUCAAGGAAAUCAAUGCAGAAAUCUUCAAAAAUCUAUCCAGUUUAACAACUCUGAAAUUGAACGGUAAUAAUAUUAUGAAAAUCAAAGCAAACACCUUCGGAAAUCUUUCCAGUUUAACAACUCUAGAUUUGUAUGAUAAUGAUAUCAAUGAAUUAGAAGUUAGAUGUUUUGAAGAUCUUCACAGUUUAAAGACUCUGUAAGUUGGAUUAGUUUUUUGAUUCUCUUGUAUUGACAG